AUUAUAAAACCAGUAAAACCUGUUUCUUCUGCCUUUGUGUGCUAAAGAAAGCAAUGUGUGUCUCUGGUAUUCAGUGUAUGAGGUGGUGGCGGGAGACACAACAAAAAUGGGAAAUGCUGCUUUCUGUGACCAGUGCCGGUGCUCUUGCUGCCACAAACAAGCGGAGAGUGAAAUCCCUGACCCUUACAGUGCUUAUGCAUCUAUUUAUGACUACAGUCCUCGCACUCCUAUGGACCUCACUGUCAAACGAGGGGAUAUACUGGAAAUCAUCAACGAGACAGAGCACUGGGUUUACGUGAGAAAACUGACUGUAAAGUCAGGUAGAUACAGUCAAGUAACAGAUGAAAAGGGCUAUGUCCCUAAACAACUUAUCAGGCCUAUUCACAGUCUUGAAGCUGCACCAUGGUACUUUGAAAACAUCACUAAGUGCAUGGAAGCUAAGCGAUGCCUGUUAAGGGAAGAAAAUGGUGAAGGAGCCUUUCUUGUGUGGAGAAAUACAAGAAAACAGCACUAUUUUCUCACAGUGAGGAAUGGGAAUUUCGCAAGACAUUACAGAAUUCUGGAAUCCGAUGGGGACUGCUAUCUGGUUAAAGGGAUGAAGUUUAAGAAUCUUUCAGAGUUGGUAGCAGCAUAUUCUGAAAAUGCAAAUGGACUGUGCACUAAACUUCAAAAACCUUGUGUUAUGCUAGACACACCAUCCAUCCCCACAUUGUCCUACGCAUCAGAGUGGGAGGUGGAGAGAAGCUCGUUAAAGAAGGUGAAGCUGCUGGGGAAGGGGGAAUUCGGAGAAGUCUGGGAAGGUCUCUGGAACAACACGAUUCCUGUGGCCAUCAAAGAGCUUAUGGUGGUGAAGUCAGAUAUCCUGAAUGAGGUGAUGAUCAUGAAGAAUCUGAAUCACGAAAGGCUCCUGAAACUCUGUGCUGUGUGCACCAAGGAUGAACCGUUCUGUAUUGUCACAGAACUCAUGAGGAACGGGAGCUUAUCAAAAUACUUACAGUGUCACAGAGAACAGAGAGACAUUGAGUACUCUCUCAUGAUAGACUUUGCUGUACAGAUUACUGAAGGCAUGGCUUACCUGCAAUCACAAAAGAUUAUCCACAGAGACCUGAGAGCAGAUAACAUUCUACUCAGUGAAAUGAAAUCUUGCAAGAUUGCCGAUUUUGGACUAGCCCAAUUUACUUUCGCCGAGGAAAAAAGGAAGGAGAUGGAUCUGAAAAUUCCUGUUAAAUGGAUGGCUCCUGAGAUUUUCUUAGAAAGAGAAUAUACAUUUAAAUCUGAUGUCUGGUCCUUUGGAAUUCUCUUAACGGAAAUUGUAACAUACGGCGAGGAGCCAUAUCCAGGGAUGGACAACAAAUCAUGUAUCAGAUUUAUACUGCAAGGCAAUCUGAUGCCAAUACCAGAAGGCUGCCAUCAAGCUCUGUAUGAGAUCAUGAGGCUGUGCUGGAGAACUGACUCCCCUAAAAGACCGGGGUUUCUGGAACUGCAGGCAAUGCUGACAUCGCUUAUUGAGUCACAAAUAGAGGAGACCUUCCCAGCAGUAGAAUAACGAACUCCAGCAAUUGACUGCUCCAGGUCCAAUACUCUACCUCUGGAAACCACACCACAGAAUACUGAGAUCAACACUUUAUUUUGGUACAAAGCGUGUGAUAUAAAUUCAGUAUUUUUUUGUUCUUGUCUAUAUUACUCCUAUGCCGAAGUCUGUGUUAGUUCCCAUUAUAAAAAUAUUUAUUUUAAUGAAGGAACUUCAGAUGCAAAGGUACAAAGUUUAUGAACACAUCCUGUGACAUGAUCUUACAGCAGAGUGUCAGGAAAAGGCAGAAGAUCCAUUGAGAAAUCCACGUUAAGAAAAGAGAAUUGUGACCGCAGAAUCCCUUCAUCAAAACUGAAUAUGAAAAAAUUAAAAAGGGCUGGAGAACAGCGUGCUAAUAGAUAUAUAUCUAUUAUGAUUUUAAUAUGAUUUGAAGCAUAUCAAGCUUCCAUUGGCUUCAAUAAUAUUUAACUGUAUCUCCACUGAAUGUGAAGGAUGAAUCAUAUAUUUUGAAAAAAAAAGUAAACUCUUUGUGGUCUAAACUACUUUAAAUAACCAGUAUCAGAAACAUUGAUUAUCAAGUGGAAGCUUGAAGAAGCUAACUGCUUAAAUUAAACUUUUGGCAACAUUUACAUUGGGAAUAAUAUCUAAUUUAGUCAUGAAGAUAAAUAUUACUUAUUUCCUCUGAAAGCUGGCAUUUAGUAGUAAAGUAAUGCAUACUGUGAAUUUGCUACCUUACAGACUCACCAAUAUCACUGUAGGGGUUUUGUUCAUUUACCUUGCAGAACAACUCAGCAACGCACACACAUGGAUAAAAAUACACGAGAAUACAUUUAUUAAUACAUAAAAUGUGCAUAGAAACAUAACAGAUCUUAUAGUGAGGGUUAGCAGAAUACAAAAGGUAUAUUCAAUCUUGAAGAGUUACCAAGAGACAUACAUUCAGUAUACCAUUAAUUUAUACCAUUUACUUAAUGAGCUUUGAUCACAACUUCUACACUAGAUACUCAAAAGCAAGUACAUCACUCAUAGGAAUUAAAUUGACAACAACUGGGGUUGAGGUA